AUGAAAAACAGCCAGUGGCCUUGCAAUAAUGUCAACGAGCUCCUUCAGCACCCUCAGAUGCAUCCCAUCUGGUCCCACGGAGCAGUCUUUGUCCAGUUUGCUUCUGCAGUCCCCAACUCUGUCUUCACCUUUGUGGGCUUAACGUUUCUCGGCCCUGACACCAAGGAGCGUCAGCCGUGGGUAGGCCUAAACCAGCUGCACGGCGACAACCCGGGAGACCCGGGUGCCCCCCGCCCCGCUCCCCCGGUCACCGCGGCGUUCCGCAACACGCCAGCACUGACUAUCCUGCAGCCUUUAAAGACUCUGGGUCCAGUUGCAGAGAGCUUUGGGGCUACUGGUACAAACUGGGAUGGUUCUGCAGACUUCCUUGUGUUUCUGAGGUACCAGAUUUACUAUGGUUACCCUCUGCAGACAUACCUGGAAUAUCCCAUCAUCAUUGCACAAGAUGUCAUUCUCCUUUUGUUUAUUCUGCAUUUCAGUGGAAACAUGAAACGAGCUUUGUUCUAUGCAGUCACAUUUUGGGGGGGCUGGUACAUGCUAACACUGCGGAAGUGGAUAAUAGACCUGGCCAUGAAUUUAUGCACGCUCAUCAGUGCGGCCAGUAAGCUGGCUCAGCUGCGGUGUCUCUGGCAAACAAAAGAUUCUGGACAAGUGAGCGCCUUGACCUGGAGUAUGUCUGCAUACACCUGCGCAACAAGAAUAGUUACAACUGUAAUGACUACGAAUGAUCUCGCAGUUCUCAUCCGUUUCAUAACCAUGCUCAUUCUCAACAUUUGGGUCACAGCCACAAUCCUGCACUACAGGAAAACUAAAAAGACUGAUUAGAAGACACUCAUCAGCACACAACAUAGUUACCAUCAAAAAACCCCAAUACAAUUAAGCUUAAACAACACAACAAAGGUUGAGGAAGCGCGCGCGCUCUCUCUCUCUCUUAAGCUGAGUAUUUAUCCCUAAGCAUACUUAGUACAGUCAUGCUUACUUUCUCUUAGAAAUAAUUCUGAUAAGAUACUUAAUUUAAGCAGCAUAUUUUUAUUGGUCAUUUAAGACAAGUUUCACUGAUAUCACAUUUUCUCUGGAUUUUUUUACUACAUGAACAAGGUAUUUUGUAUUUAGAUGUUUAUAUAUUCUCGUAUCACUUCAGUACUUUCUGGUUACAUAUAAGCAACUUUCUUCAAUUAUACAAGAGCAAUUUUGCACCAACAUAUCAACUCAU